AUGGAAUCCCACGAUCGGCCCCGUUCUCACUUGAUCCACGCGAUCAUGGAUGCUCUCAAACAAACCAAGCUCAUUCGGCCACCUGCAGGUUUGGGUCCUUUGGAUUCGCGGCCUGGGAACACCAGGCUUCUAUACACCGUCACGGCAUUUGUAUCGCUGGGUGCAUUUCUGUUUGGAUAUGAUCAAGGGGUUAUGGGAGUCAUCGUCGCCGAUGCACGAUGGAUCGACUUGAUGCACCCGAAGAACUCUUGGGUUACCGGCACAGUCGUUUCCUUGUACGAUGUCGGAUGUUUCUUCGGGGCUAUGUCGCUUGGAUAUCUCGCUGAUCCACUGGGUCGUGAGCGGACAUUGUCUAUCGCAUGCGCGGUGUUUAUUGUGGGUGCUGUUCUACAGGCUGCAUCAUAUACAGUCGUUCAAAUUACCAUCGGCCGUGUGAUAUUAGGACUUGGGGUAGGAGCUUGUGCAGGAGGUGUUCCUCUGUACGUUGCUGAGAUAGCACCACCUGCGAUCCGGGGUCGAAUUGUUGCAAUCGAACAAAUGAUUCUCUGUCUCGGAGAACUUGUCGCAUUCUGGCUCAACUACGGUUUCAAUUUCCUCGAGACUAAGGGUUGGUGGCGCAUUCCGCUAGCCAUUCAGAUUGUCCCCGCCAUCAUUCUCGGCGUGGGCUGUUGGUUCUGGGUGCCUCCCAGUCCGCGUUGGCUCGCGAGCCAGGAUCGCCAUGAAUGUGCGCGAGAGGUUCUUACCCGGCUCCAUGGCUCGGAGGUGGCCGAGUUGGAAAUGCAGGAGAUACAGGCGUCUAUUGAGUUUGAACAUACUGUCAGUGAGGCCACUUGGGAAGAUAUGUUCAUGAUGCCUGUUCUUCGCGUAACGGUCUUAGGAAUGGCUGUUCAAUUCUUCCAGCAGAUCACUGGAACUAACUCAAUUCUUUAUUAUACGCCAUCUCUAUUCAAGCGCGGAGGCAUUACGGACCCUCGCACCGCCAACCUCGCAACCGGUGGCGUAGGUAUCGUCUUAUUUGUCUUUUCGUGGGUCCCAAUAUUUUAUUUCGACCGACUGGGCCGAAAGACAUGGUUACAGAUUGGAACUAUGGGAAUGAUGGCAGCCAUGAUUGGCAUCACUAUUCUCCAAUGGCAUGCGGAGCACAAUCCAGGCGACCCGGCUAAUUACACCAUCAUAUUAUUCCCAUAUCUCUUCUAUGUCUUUUUCAACAUCAGCUGGGGUGUCGGAUCCUGGACAUAUGCCGCCGAAAUCUUCCCCGUCUCAAUGCGAGCCAAGGGAAAUGCGUUGUCGACCGCAUCUUUAUGGGCCGCCUGUUAUAUUGUCGCGCAGGCGAGUCCGCCUAUCGCCGAUGCGAUUGGCUGGGGACUUUAUAUCAUCUACACUGGGAUUUGUGUGGUUGCUUUCAUUUUUGUGCGAUAUGCCCUGGUGGAAACCCGCGGCCGAUCCCUGGAAGAGAUGUCCCGAUUGUUUGGCAUUGAGACUCGCUUGGCGCAGCAGAGUGGUUUGAAGCCAAGCCCGGGUGGAAAGGAUCCCACAGAAGAGCAUGUAGAGGACCUGGGCUCGUCAAGCCGCUCGAGAUAA